AUGGAGCAGCUGGAGCACGACGAUGUCAACGAAGGCAUGGAGCAGCUAGCAAUUGGUCCCUUGCCCAUCGAGCAGCUGGAGCAAUGCGGAAUUUCUGCCACCGAUGUGAAGAAGCUUCGCGAAGGAGGAUUGUUCACUGUCGAAGCUGUAGCCUUCACCAGUAGAAAAGACCUCCUCAAGAUUAAAGGCAUCAGCGAGGCAAAAGUCGAUCGUCUGAACGAGGCAGCCAGUAAGCUGGUUCCGAUGGGGUUCCAGACUGCAACUCACGUGCAUCAAAUGAGAAGCAACGUCAUUCAUGUAACUACAGGAUCGAAGGAGCUCGAUGGUGUCUUGCAAGGUGGUGUGGAGACGGGGUCCAUAACGGAGAUUUAUGGCGAGUUUCGCACAGGAAAGACACAGCUUUGCCUCACAUUGGCUGUCACUUGUCAACUUCCAGUGGCCGAAGGUGGAGGCGAGGGCAGGGCACUUUGGAUUGACACGGAAGGAACAUUCAGACCAGAGCGGAUAGAACAAAUUGCUCCGCGAUUUGGACUUAUUACUACUGAAGUGCUUGACAAUAUAGCGGUUGCACGAGCGCACAACACAGAUCACCAGUCGCAGCUGCUCAUUGAGGCAGCAUCCAUGAUGGCCGAGAGCAGAUUUUCUCUAAUAAUAGUUGACAGCGUCACAAGCCUCUACAGGACGGACUACUCAGGCAGAGGAGAAUUGGCUGCACGGCAGAUGCACCUAGCUCGAUUCCUGAGAACUCUGCAGCGGCUUGCAGACGAGUUUUCUUGUGCAGUGGUGGUGACCAACCAAGUGGUUGCUUCUGUCGAGGGCAACAUGUUUGCUGGCCCUCAAGUGAAGCCCAUUGGAGGCAAUAUUAUGGCCCAUUCAUCUACAACAAGGCUCUCCGUGAGGAAGGGAAGGCAAGAGGAGAGGAUUUGCAAGAUUAUUUGCUCACCUUGUCUGCCAGAGGCGGAGGCGAGAUACUGCAUUGCUGACGAGGGGAUUACCGACUGCAAGGAUUAA